AUGCCCAUCACCACUCACUCGGCCGCUUCAGCAGCGCGCAGGGCGGCUGCAUCGUCGUCCCGGCCAUCGCUCGCCCGUUGCCUCGCGACUGUCCGCGACUCGCCGGCAAAGCCAGAGAAGGCGCCCACAGCCGUUGUGAUGCUGAACAUGGGCGGCCCUUCAACCAUCCCCGAGGUUGGCGACUUCCUCUCCCGCCUGUUUCACGACAACGACCUGAUCCCUCUGCCUAUGCAGUCUGUCUUUGCGCCAUUCAUCGCGCAGCGGAGGACGCCAAAGAUUGAGGAGCAGUACAAGGAGAUUGGUGGCGGGUCGCCCAUUCUCAAGUGGACGCGGGCGCAGGGCGAGGCCAUGUGCGCGCUGCUCGACGAGCUCAACCCCGGAUCGGCGCCACACAAGCCCUACGUCGCGUUCCGGUACGCGCAGCCGCUCACCGAGACGUGUCUGGAUGAGAUGAAGGCCGACGGCGUGACCCGCGCUGUGGCCUUCACGCAGUACCCUCAGUACUCGUGCUCGACGACCGGGUCGUCGCUCAACGAGCUGUACCGCGUCGCGAAGAAGCAGGGCUACGGCGCGACUGGCGACGUUGAGUGGAGUGCGAUCGACCGCUGGCCGGCCGACCAGGGCCUCGUCAAGGCGUUCGCCCACAACAUUCGCGCCGCGCUCCAGGCGUACCCCGAGGACAGGAGAAAAGAUGUCGUCUUGCUGUUCUCGGCGCACUCGCUCCCGAUUGAGAUUGUCAACCGUGGUGACCCGUACACCCCCGAGGUCGCGGCCACCGUCUACGCUAUCAUGCAGGAGCUCGGCUUCUCCAACCCGUGGCGCCUGACGUGGCAGUCCAAGGUCGGCCCCAAGGCGUGGCAGGGCCCGCAGACGGCCAAGGCGAUCGAGGGGCUGGCCAAGCUCGGCAAGAAGGACAUUUGCCUUGUGCCCGUGGCCUUUACCUCGGACCACAUUGAGACGCUGUUCGAGCUCGACAUUGAGGUCAAGGAGGACGCCGAGAAGCUUGGUGUGCACCUCACGCGUGCCGAGUCGCUCAACGACUCGCCGAUCUUUGCCCGUGCCCUUGCCGACAUUGUGAGCAAGCACCUCAACGACUAUGACGCUGGCAAGAUUGGCGCUGCGAGCGCACAGCUCGAGCUCAGGUGCCCCGGGUGCACGAGCCCGAAGUGCGCGCGGACGAAGAGCUGGCUCGCGCGCGGUGGCAAGGAGGCCGAGGCGUAG